AUGCAUCCUCAAACAUAUGGACAAACAGAGGUGACAAAUCGAAAGGUGCUCAAGGGGUUGAAAACUCAUCUUGAGAAGGCUGGGGGGCAGUGGGUAGAAGAGUUGCAUAAUGUCCUCUGGACCUAUCACACCACCUCACAAACGCCUACUGGGGAAACUCCAUAUAACUUGUGUUUCGGCACUGAGGUUGUCUUCCCCACUGAUAUCAAAGUUCCAAACCCCCCAGUCAAGACUUUCAACUUGGAUAUCAAUGAGAAAAAGCUCCGACAACAGUUGGAUCUUCUCCCAGAAAUACGUGAUGUGGCCCACCUCAGAGUUACUUCCUACUGUCAAAGAAUUGCUUUCAAAGAAUUGCUUGCCACUUCAAUCGAAGAGUAA